UGUUUGAGGCGAUUGUACAGCAAACACAUGCGGAGUGAAAGAGCAUAAAUUAGCUUUUAAAUAGCACAAUCCGUUUAAUUUCAAAAACUGUUCCAGUAAGAGAACGUUACGUCCAUUUUUGCAACAUUGUUUUCAGGGAUACAUUGAAAAUUACAGUGAGUGCAACGUAAGUGCAUCUUCUCAACUGGACUCCGCCUGGUAUUGCUAGAGAACUGGUGCAGGAAACGCUGUGAUCCAGCCUGUAGUACAUCCUUCAGCGUUCAGCGGUCUACUCUUCAGCUCGGUCACUGCACAACCGUGAAGCCAUGGCGAGGACUGUCUUUUGUGCCCUCUUAUUGGCGCUAUCUCACAGCUCAUUGGCCAGCUCCUACUGCCCUGCACAGUGUGUGUGUGAAACCCGGCCGUGGUACACUCCGCAGUCUGUGUACCAUCAGGCCAAGACCGUGGACUGCAACGAGCUACAUCUGAGCAGGGUACCAUCAAACAUCUCAGGUGACACUCAGGUGCUGCUUCUUCAGAGUAAUAACAUCUCCCAUGUUACUGGAGAGCUUCAGCGACUUGUCAACCUCACUGAACUGGACCUCUCCCAGAACCAUUUCACACAGAUCCAGGACAUUGGACUCAAUAAUGUCACUCAGCUCAUCACCCUCUACUUAGAGGAGAACCAGGUCAAGGAUCUGCCAGAUUUCUGCUUGAAGGACCUAGCCAGCUUGGAGGAGCUGUACAUCAACCACAACCAGAUCUCUUCCAUCGGUCCCAAAGCAUUCUCAGGCUUAGGUAGCCUCUUGAGGCUUCAUCUUAACUCCAACAAGCUGGUGGCCAUAGACAGUCAUUGGUUUGAAUCCCUCCCCAACCUGGAGAUCCUGAUGAUUGGGGAGAACCCCAUUUUGGGCUUGCAGGAUAUGAACUUCCAUCCCCUGUCUAAGUUGCAUAGCCUGGUGUUGGCUGGCAUGGGGCUCACAGAUGUGCCCCCGGGGGCAUUUCAGGGACUUGACUACCUUGAGAGCCUCUCCUUCUUUGACAACAGACUGACGUCAGUGCCCAAGGAUGCCCUUCAGGUUCUGCCUAACCUCAAGUUCUUGGAUCUCAACAAGAACCCCAUUAGUCGAGUACAGGAGGGAGACUUCCAGGACUUCCCCCACUUGGAGGAACUAAGUCUGAACAACAUGGACGAGCUGGUGGCUGUGGAGAGGGGGGCUUUCGCCAACCUCCCAGAAAUGGCCAAGCUGGAAAUCCGCAGCAACCCUCACCUGUCCUACAUUGACCGUGCUGCAUUCACGGAUGUGAAUGCCCUGCGCACCUUACUGGUCAGCAACAACGCCCUCAGCCUCCUCCCACGCGAACUCUUCGCCUCCUUCCCCGGCCUCGAAGAGCUCAGCCUGCAUAGCAACCCGCUCAGGUGCGACUGCCUCUCCACCUGGUGGCCAGUGUUGGGGAACCUGUCCACCCUGAGGCUCCUGGAGUGCCAGACCACCCUCUGUGCCUUCCCGCCCCACUUGACCGGCCGCCCGCUCCAGGAGGUUGUCGCCACGAGCUGGAACUUCGCCAGCAACAGCUGCCUUCCCCUUAUCUCCCUCCACACUUUCCCGCCGAAUCUCAAUGUCACCGCUGGAGAACCCCUGACUCUGCACUGCUGGGCUGGGGCAGACCCCGCCCCGCAGUUCUACUGGGUGACGCCAACCGGGGACAAGGUGACCUCUGAGGCCAUCUCUCUGGCCAUGAACGAUGGUAGUGGAGGAAAGAAGCACAGGCUGCAAGACCAAGGAGCCUUGGAGAUCCUCCAUGUGGGACCAGAGGAUGCCGGUCUCUACACGUGCGUGGCGUGGAAUGUGGACGGCGCGGACACGCGUAGUGUCACCGUUCACGUGGAGAAGAGUGACUGGCGUGGCGGUGGGCGUGCCGCCGGGGAAAGCUCUGGAAACUCUACAGGGGCGCUGGUGGUUCUGGCCAAAAUCAUCCACUCCCAGUCCGUGGUGCUAGAGUGGAAGAUCUUCCCUUCCGUGUCCUCCAUCCAUGAGGCCAGUCAGCCCAAGUGGGCCAGUGCCGUCAUGAAGAUCGACAACCCUCAGAUCAGCUACACGGCCAACGUGCCCGUCGACGUCCAGGAGUACAACCUUACGCACCUUCUGCCCUCCACUGAGUACCAGGUCUGCCUGACAAUGUCCGCCUCGGAGCACCAGGUCCAGCGAUCCUGCAUCAACGUGACCACGAAGGAAGCCAGCUUUGCGGUGGAGAUGGUGGCACAGCCAACCAACGUGGCUCUGGCCGCCGUCAUGGGCUCCAUGUUUGCCAUCUGCAUAAUGGCCCUGCUGGUCUUCUACAUGGGCCGUCGCAUGAAGCAGAAGUCCUGCCACCACUCUCUGAAGAAGUACAUGCAGCACGCCACCUCCAUCCCUUUAAACGAGCUUUACCCCCCUCUUAUCAACCUCUGGGAGAGCGAGACGGAGAAGGAGAAAGAAGGCCCGGUCGAUCCCCAGAACUCACAGAUCGACACCUCAAAGACAUACAUGUGGUAGUUUGAAGUAAACUUUUGUUGGAACAAAAAAAAAAAAAAAAAAAAAAAACUUUAACAAUCUGACUGGUUUUUGCUCUCAUUUCACAUAUAAUCACAGAACAAAUUCAUGGUGAAAGUUUGAUGUAUUUUUAAAAGUGUUAAUUUCACAUUCUUUCUGCCAGGCUCACACUUUAACACCUAGAAUAAAUAUAAAUGUUUGUGGUUUUAGGAAGUGACAUGCAGCGACAGAAUAGUCUGAGCCUUGGGCAAUUAAGCUGCUCCAAUGUCAAGCUGUUUAUGACAAACAUCAAAUUAUAUUGCUUAUAUCAUUUAAACAAUUCUAAUUAAUGCAGGCUAGAGAAGUUUCAAAUACUUCAAUACACAACCAUGUCUGAUCAUUCCGAUCUCCUGGUGUCCAUACAUGGAGAGGGUAUAUGGAAUGUGUAUGUGUAUCCUGAGCUCAAAUUCCAGCUCAUCCAGUUGCCCUCCAAACCUCCCAAACCCCUCCAACUUGGUUGGAAUGGGAUGUUCUUUUCAUGUUUCCAUGCUUUCCUUUCCUCCUGGAUGUAAAUCAGUGGUUAAUUUGAGUGCCAAAAUUUGCUCAUAUGACCUUUGCUCAAAGCUUUUUAAUUUUGCUUUUCUUCUUGAGACUUCCUUUUGAAGUAACUUUGUGAUACAGUAGUGUAUAAUUAAUUUUGUAUCUUUAUUUAUUUAUCUGUUUAUCCAAUUUAUCUUAUCUUUAUUUAUUUCUUGAUCUAAUGUGUCUAUUUAUUGCACUGAUGCACAUACCUGUGAAUAUUUAUAGGUAAUUAGGUAGCAAAAAUAAACAUUGUGCAACUAUUAACAUAGCAAACAAUGUAUCUAUACAAUAUCUCAGACAGAUAAUAAUUUAUGAGCUAUAGCAAUCAAUAUAAAAUUAGACCAUGGUCAGCAGAACCAUUGUCCAACAUAGUGACAGAUCAGUUGGGGUUCCCAGGUACCAAGGUUCUGAAGAGGU